AUGAUUUAACUAACAGAUUUGAAUGGGAUUUCAAUAGGAAAAAGUUCAGAAGAUAUUAGUUAAUUCAAUUUCACCAGAAUACUGACCAAUCCUUCUUCAGGAUUCACAUUCUUACUUCCUCAAAAUUUGAGUGAUGGCUAAUAUCUGAUAAGUAUAGUGAGUCGUGAUUUCCCUCCAGAGUAAAGAGUCAUAUAAGUAAAACGCUACUAUGAUUACUUAAUUCCUAAGUAUGAAGUGAAACUAGUUGUUCUUAAUGAAAAAGUAGAAUUAAAUCAAACAAUCUUAGGAAAGGUUGAAAUCGUGAAUAAUACAUAAAUAAACGGCAUCACUGUUCCUAUACCUUCGAGCUACUCUACUUACAAUUUAAGCAUUAGCUAUAAAUACUAAAAUAAGCAGGAAUCUUUCAACUUGACACUUGAUUAGAUGGAUUUUGUCUAUUUCUCAAUAAACCCUUAAAUAUAUAUAGAACAAGGUAACAUAUGUAUACUUUAAUUACAAGCCACCAUUAAAAUUGAAAACACUAAUUAUUAAUCCAAUGAGCUUUAAUAUCAGUUUGGAGAUACAGACUAUUACUUCUAUAAAAACAUCAAAGCAAUAUUCUAAAAUAUGCAGCUUAGUGACCCUGUAAUGAAUGAUUACCUAAGAAUUUAUUACUAUUUCUAUAUGGACUAGAAUUAAACGAGAAACGUAAUCGACGUGCCAUUCAACUUUAAACAGGUAAGAUUUGGAGCUUAUAUCAAUGAUACGAAAAAACCUGAUGUCUCUGUAAGAUAUAUCACAGCAAAUGGCAUUUUAUUUGAUAACGGUUCCCACUUUUUCGACUUACCAUAAUUUGAUAAAGAAAUAUACUUCUUAGAAAUAAUAACAGAAAUAAAAGACAGUAAUUUUCCGACUUCUCAACCUUUCAAUGAAGAUGAAUACCAAUAAUUCUUGAUGGAAUACAAUCUAUAAGAAAACAAUACUAGAAUCUUAUGGAUUUAUCUCAAUUUAAUUAUACCUUUGAUCUUAUGA